AUCUGGCCAAUCAGAGGAAGCGUGGGAAAGCAAGGCGGCAAGUAAUAGUGGCUGCAGUGCGGUGAGGUCCGGAGUGGAAGACAGCGCAGCUACUGAAGAGCCGGGCGGGAACAGAAGCCGAGAAAACACCUCACCGAGUCAUCAUGUCUGAGAGAAAAGCAGUCAUCAAGAAUGCGGACAUGUCCGAGGAGAUGCAGCAGGACGCAGUGGAAAUCGCCACCCAAGCCCUGGAGAAAUUCAACAUAGAGAAGGACAUAGCUGCCUGCAUCAAGAAGGAGUUUGACAAGAAGUACAACCCUACAUGGCACUGCAUCGUGGGCAGGAACUUCGGCAGCUACGUCACGCACGAGACCAAACACUUCAUCUACUUCUAUUUGGGCCAGGUGGCAAUUCUUCUAUUUAAAUCCGGCUAGAAGGAGGAGGACGACUGGAUGGACUGCUGAAAUAAGGUCAUGUUGGAGGGUGCGGACCCCCAACCGCCCCUGUGAUCACUGGGACCCCUGUUCUGUGUACUGUUCACACUGCUCAUAAAGACCUCUUGGGAACAAAAGAAAUGAAACUGUAUUUAUUUUGUAAGUUUUGCUUUUCUAUAUAUUAAAGUGUUUUUUUUCUUUG